AUUGAGAUGAAAUCUGUUCCAUACGUAUGUUAUGGCAAUUGUUUAUACAUUGAGUCUAAAAUAGCUAAUGUCACAGGUAUUUCAGGAGUUAAUAGUAAAGGUUCAGUAGAAUAUAAAUCCUUCUGUUAUGCAGUCAAUUCAAUGUUCAUUCCAAACGUUCCUGUCAUAGCAACUCAUUUAGGUAAAUGGGUUCGCAUUAGUCCUCAUAAUUUGAAAGACAUGCAAUUCAGACUUGUUGACUUUCAAGGAGAGCCUGUAGAACUGAAGGCACCAGUGCGAAUGACUGUUGAAGUUGACUUUUUAGAAAAUAUUAAAUGCAACAGCUUACAAGAGAACUCAGAGCUAAAAAUAUAA